AUGCCUGCUAAGAUUCCGAUGGAUGGACACACGGAGAAUUCUCAGAAGCAGGUUUCAGCUAAGGCGAAAUUUAAAGGGAAACCGAUGGCCACCAAUAUCAAGAAGCGCAGUCUACUUGCCUCUAGCAAGUCUGAGCGUGCCUCAAAGAUCCAGAAGAUGGUACCUAAAGCUAACAGUGGAAAACGGGUAAAUGGAAGAGGCGCAAGUAUAGCUGAUGCUUUCAUCAUCUCGGACGACGAAGAUGGCUUCAGUGAAUCUCCUCGAAAGGACAAGACUGUCAGUCUAACGCCGCCUCCUCAGAUGCCCAAGAUCGAUACUUCGGACGACCCAGAAGAUCCGAGUACAGCAUCAGUGUUAGCGUCAACCCAAGAACACUGUCUUAAAGAUGGCCUUGUUUGCACAAACCAGAAUUGUUUAGAAGAGCUGAGACAGCUUCGCGAAGAACUUCGUGCAUCUAAUGCAAAAGUCGGCCAAGUUCUAGCACGAGCAGAGCAAGAAGCACUCGAACUACAGCGUCAGCAGAGUAUUGCGAGCAACAAGUACCUGGCAAACCUAAGAGAACAGCUUGAGACUGAAAGAUCUCGCACAAGCGAUCUCAGUUGGGAAUGUGACUAUCUACGCAGAGAGCUUACGGCAGCUCAAGACUGCCUGAAGGGAGAGGCGGAUCUCUUACGGCAGCGGGAUAAUCACGAAAGCUUGUGCAGAGACGAGCAAAUAAAGAAUGCGGAUCUCACGCAAAGGCUUAUUGAGAAAGACGAGGAGUCUGCACGCAAAGCAGUCACAGUAACCGAGGACCUGCAGCAAUUGGCAAAACAAAUCAGCGACUUGCAAUGUGAAGUUUCAUGUCUUCAGAACAACAAUACUGCGCUAAAGGCGUCAAAUGAAUCUCAGUAUCGCUCGAGCACUUCUCCAGUAUAUUCAAAUGCCUCUGCAGUAUCUGAUCAAGAGCAGAAGCUCAGGAACAUUCGCAAAACGUACAUCACGGUUAAAAAGAAGUACGACCACCUGUGCUCAAUUGCUAGAAACAUUUCUACUGCUACCAGGUCGUGGAACUACUCCAAUUUUGGCGAGUUUGGACAGUAUCUUAAACAAUUGAAGGUCGAGCUUGGAGAAACGAGCCUUGAGGAGCAGGGGGUCACGAACGGCACUCAAAGCGCCAAGGUCGGCUGA